AAAGAAAGAAAGAAAGAAAGAAAGAGAUAGAUAGAUAGAUAGGUAGAUAGAUAGAUAGCACCCUAAUUCUUUCCCCACUUUAUAUGGUUAAUCAAUUCAGAAAUAGAACGAGGAAGGCUCCCCAUCUUCCAACUUCUCCCUUUUCCCCCUUCCAGCCAAUCCCCAACUCCCUCGGGCUCCCAGCUCCUCCUCCCCCUGCCUCCGAUUGGCUCGUAACUCCAUGACCCGUCUUCAUCCGAUGGAGAAAGCCAAUCCGGAGGCUGACCUUGCUAUAGUCUAUACUUACCAUUUUUUUUCCUUUCCCGCGAGGCUUUCUGGGCGUCGUAGUCCGCGCCUGCGUUCUUUCCGCGGCCUUCUGCCUGCGCCAGGACUACAAAACCCAGAGGGCAUUUCGGUGCCAUCGGAAUAUAAUACCAUAGUGGGCAAACCGGGCGCAAUCUGUCUUUAGUGCUGAGAUAAGCUUAGAAGGUUAGCAAAGGUUUUUGGAGAGAGCGCUGCGAAGCUGCGAUCGAUCGGGAGAGGCGCCUCCCCCUACCUGGCAGGGUUGUUUUUUUGCAUUUGAGGAAGGCUGGUAGUUUUCCCAUUUUUUUCCCUGCAAGAAAAGGUCUAUUGGCUUGGAAAACCAUGAGCGAAAGUGGAAAGCAUCACUCUGCCGUUACGGACAAGGAAGAAUUUGUCAAUUUUUUCUCCCAAAUCGUCCGGGACUUGUUGGAAAACGAACUUCACGUCCCUGAAUUGAGUGAUGCUGUCAACAGGCUGAAAAGGGUGAUCGAAUAUAACGCCGUCGGUGGGAAAUAUAACCGCGGGUUGACGGUGGUGGCCGCUGUUCGGGAACUAGCCAAACCGGACCAGCCCGACCCGAAGACUUUCCGCAUCGCCCUGGUUGUGGGCUGGUGCGUUGAACUGCUCCAGGCCUUUUUCCUUAUCACGGAUGAUAUCAUGGAUUCUUCUCUGACCCGCCGAGGCCGGCCGUGCUGGUAUAGACAGGAAGGGAUCGGCUUGGAUGCCGUCAACGACGGGUUGCUGAUAGAAUCCAGCGUUUACCAGCUGCUGAAGCGGUACUGCCGAGACCAGCCGUACUACCUGAAUUUAAUGGAGCUUUUCCUCCAGUCGUCCUACCAAACCGAGCUGGGCCAAACCUUGGACCUUUUCCAGAUCGACCUAGAUUCGUUCACCGAAAAACGGUACAAAGCCAUCGUGAAGCACAAGACGGCCUAUUACUCCUUUUAUUUACCGGUGGCAGCUGCCAUGUACAUGGCUGGCAUUGAUAGCGAAGAAGAGCACGCACACGCCAAGGCCAUCCUUCUGGAGAUGGGGGAAUUUUUCCAAAUCCAGGACGAUUUCCUCGACAAUUUUGGCGACCCCCAAGUAACGGGGAAAAUAGGGACGGAUAUUCAGGAUAACAAAUGCAGCUGGUUGGUGGUGCAGAGUCUCAAACAAGCAUCUCGGGAGCAGAGAAAGAUUUUGGAGGAGAACUACGGUAAAAAAGAUCCGGAGAAGAUUAACCGCGUGAAGGCUCUUUACGAAGAACAGGAUUUAAAAGCCGUUUAUCAAAGCUACGAAGAAAACAGCUACCAAAAGAUCGUGGCUUUGAUCGAUCAACACGCCGUCCGUUUGCCGGCCCGGAUUUUCCUGGAUUUGGCCGACAAAAUCUACAAAAGGCAGAAAUAAAUUUCUGCCCAAGGAAUCCGGAUUUUAUUUCUAGCUGGGACUUGAGAUAAAAGCGGAAUUUCUUUAAAACGGUUUGCGGGCUAAUUCAGAAAGAGGAAAAAGGGAGGAAUACUUUCCUUGCGUUACCCCCCUCCAUGGGAUUUUUGUUUUAUUUUCUUUCGAUAGGGGGCCUUAUUUAAGGAAGGCGGAUAAAUUCCACUUUUUUUUCCUCGGCAGAGGAUAAAUCCAGGGAUUUAUCUUAGGGAUACAGGCUGCUUUUGUGUGUGUGAGAGAGAG